CAAAUAACGCCUCCGAAUUUGUACGCGUCAAAAAAGUCCAUGUAAACUGUCCGAGACUGAACAUCAUGGCAAGUCGUUGCGCUACUCUUUUGCGCUCAUCACGGUUGGCUCGUGCACGCAUCGCACCACUAGCCAGCCGGUCAAGAUGUUUGACAACAGAAGCUGUCUCGUCAUCUGCAGCGAGUCCUCCUCCUUCAAGUGACCCGAAAAUUGGCCGCAUAGUGGACGACAUCUCUGGACUGACACUGUUACAGGCAGCUGACCUCGUCACGCUCUUGAAGUCACGGUUAAACAUUCAAGAAAUUGCUAUGCCCGCCGCUUCAGCCGCACCCGCUGCCGCCGCACCGGUUGAGGAAACAGCAGUGGAGGAGAAACCAAAGGAGAAGACAAUCUUCAAUUUGAAACUGGAAUCUUUUGAUGUUGCAGCGAAACCCAAGAUCAUCCGCGAGGUCAAGGCCCUGAUCCCGAACCUUACCCUCAUCGACGCGAAGAAGUUCGUAGAGUCUGUACCGCAAGUCCUCAAGGAAAAUAUGCCCAAAGAAGACGCGGACAAACUAAAAGCAGUCUUCGAAAAACUGGGGGCAGUAGUAGUACUUGAGUAGAUCAUCGUCAUCGAGUCUUGUGUAUAGAGCAUGUUCAGGCUAUAAUUCAUUCAAUAUAAUUAAGA